CAGAAAAUGGGUCCAGAUUCUGCCAUUGCCCCUCGGGGGGUUGUUUUGGUGACUCAAAUCUCAUUACGAGUACUCGCUCAUGGAUAUUCACCAAGCGUAUGGUAUGACUAUUUCUUCUGCUCGAUAGUUUCUAGAUUUCUUUCGAAACAUCUGCUGUUAAUAACUGAAAAUUUAUUUCAAGUCCGCCAAAAUGCCAGCCAUAGACUCCUCUGAAGAACCCCUCCAAGUACAACCUUUGACCAGACUCCCAUUCGAUCCCAUCUUGAGGUCGCAUAUUAUUCAUUGUUCGUACGAUUAUUGGCAUCCCAAGUAAUAACUUGAACCCCUUCUGAACUCAGAAAAAAGGAAAGCAUGCUAAAAACCCACCCCAGAUACCGAUCAUCGACCCUCAAAUCUCGAAUCAUUCCUCUCUCUACCGCGUUCCUCACAUACCUUCGCGAAGAUGGCAUAGUCCUUCCCCCAGAGGCUGCCGUACCUAAUCCAAGUACGAAUGACAACACCUCCGGUGACGAUGGGUGGGACGAGGAUGAAGAAGACGAUCCCUCUUUAAAGUUUCCAGAAAUUCACCAACAAAUCAAAGAUACAAUCACCGAACUAGGAGGGCUUGUUGCGCCUAAGCUCAACUGGUCGUCACCCAAAGAUGCGACGUGGAUCAGUAUGACGAAGAACAGCAUGGAAUGUGCGACUCCUAACGAUAUUUACCUAUUACUCAAAUCCUCAGACUUCAUCACCCAUGACUUAGAACACGCCUUCGACGACUGCGCCGGAGACGAAUCUCUGCGGCAAGAGGAUAUAAAAUAUGUGUUGGUUUUAAAGAAAUGGUUCAAAGCAAAUCCUUCUUGCGAGUUCCGCUGUUUUGUCAAGCGGAGGAAGGUAAUUGGAAUUUGUCAGAGAGACCUGAAUCAUUUCGAUUUCUUGUUUCCAAUGCGACAACAGCUCAGAGAUACUAUAUUGGAGUACUUUGAUAAGACGAUAAAGACAACAUUUCCAGAUGAGAAUUUGGUGUUUGAUGUUUAUAUUCCAGAACCUUACGACAAAGUUAGACUUAUGGACAUAAAUCCUUGGGCUCCACGUACCGACCCGCUACUGUUUUCAUGGUUGGAGCUCCUUACGAUGUCUUUACCUACACCACUUCUUGGUGUUCCAGAGUCAUCUGCGACUGCACCCAUCAUGGUUAGCAGUGAUGAAGAUACGCAAGACGAAGACGUGGAAGAAUUGGAAUGGAAACCGGAGAUUAGAUUAGUCAAGAAGGACGACCCAGAGGCAUAUAGUUUUACAAGUCCACAAUACAGCGCGCACAAGUUGCCCAAGGAUGUGGUAGAUGCGAGUCUGGGUGGCGAGAGUUCCAUGAGAGAAUUCGCAGAUCAGUGGAAGAAAAUGAUGGAUGGUGGUGAACAGAUGCAGACUGGGAGCGAUGGAGAUGAUAGUGACGACGAAGGCAUAACGGUAGUAUCCUAGCGAGAGUGAACCCUUAUAAUAUCAACAAAAUUAAUAGCUUUCUCGAUCUGUGUCGGUCAAGGUUUAAUUAAAAAUAAGCAUUGUUGGUUUUGCGC